CUCAGACCCCGCCCCCUUUCCCAGCCCUUGUGUGAGCAGGAUUGACAGCAGGACGCUGCAGCAGAGAGCGAGAAAGGCUGAAUAAAAGAACAGGAAUAAAAAGACAAACUUGUGUUGACCAGAUUUAUAUAUAAUAUCUAAAAAAUAAAAAGGACAAGCGCUGAAAGAUGGCAGACAGAGAGCAGCUCAUCCAGAGGGCUCGGCUGGCCGAACAGGCGGAGCGCUACGAUGACAUGGCCGCCGCCAUGAAGCUGGUGACCGAGCUGAAUGAGCCGCUGUCGAACGAGGACCGCAACCUGCUCUCAGUGGCGUAUAAGAAUGUGGUGGGUGCACGGCGCUCGUCGUGGCGUGUCACCUCGAGCAUUGAGCAGAAGACUGCGGCGCAGGAUGGCAGCGAGAAGAAGCUGGAGCUGGUGCGCGCCUACCGUGAGACCAUCGAGAAGGAGCUGGAGGGCGUGUGCCAAGACGUUCUCUCGCUGCUCGACAGCUACCUCAUCAAGAGCUGUGACGAAAGCCAACUGGAGAGUAAAGUCUUCUACCUGAAGAUGAAGGGCGACUAUCAGCGCUAUCUGGCCGAAGUGGGCACCGGAGAGAAGCGCGCCACUGCUGUCAGCGCCUCUGAGGCCGCCUACAAGGAGGCGUUCGACAUCGCCAAGAACAUGGCGCCUACGCAUCCCAUCCGCCUUGGCCUGGCCCUCAACUUCUCCGUCUUCUACUACGAAAUCCAGAACUCCCCGGAGCAGGCGUGCCAGCUAGCCAAGGAGGCAUUCGACGAGGCCAUCGGACACCUGGACAAUCUCAACGAGGACUCGUACAAGGACUCCACGCUCAUCAUGCAGCUGCUCAGAGACAACCUGACCCUGUGGACCAGCGACCAGCAGGACAGUGAAGGAGGGGACGCCAACAACUGAGCCAUCCUCUCUCUCUCUCUCUCUGUUAGCGCUCUAGCUAGAUGUAGUUGACUUAAAUUUCCUUCGAAUAAAUGUCUUCUCCUGUCUUUUCUCUUCUCUUCUAUUUCUAUAGUGUCCAUUUCCAUCCAUUGGUUUUAUGCAAAGAUAUGCAAAUUUAAUUUAAAUGAGUGCAUCUUAUUCGUUAUACUGUACAUGGUACUGUUUUGGUACUCGUGACUUAAAGUGAGCGGGUACGGAGUAUUUAUGACACUAUCAUGACACCAAGAUGAUGUGGGAUAGUAGCUAGCUUUAAAACUUCUUAUGCUGGAUAAUCUUAGCUAGCUAGCAUCUAACACUAAUUUUGUUGCUUGAAAUAAAAUUUUAUUACAGCGGCUUCUUUGACUCACAGUUUCCACUAGCAAACUUUUAAUGUUAUAUUAGCCGAUUGACCUGUUAGCUAACAUUAGCUGUGCUUUAGCUGUAACGUUUCUAGCUAACAUAGCUAAAAUUAACUAACUCCAUGUUGUUGUACAAGUUAUUGUUGAUGAUCUAGUAGAGAUUGUUAAACUAAUUUAAAUUUAUUUGGACUUCUCAUUUAAACUAAUGUUAUAGCUAGACCAUGUCCUAGCUAGCUUCUUCAGCUAGAAUGCUAAAGAAUUUUUUUGACACAGCAGAAAAAUUUAAUGUUACUUACAUACUAAUUUUUUUAUUUUUAUUUUUGCUUUUGUGGUAUUAGACUACACCUUAACCAGAAUUUUAUCCAAAAAAUUAGCUAACCUUAGCUAGCAAUUAGUUUCUUCUGAUUGUUUUUACAGAAUAUUCACGUCUACUUUAACACCCUCUAUUUAUUGUUAUUGACCUAUUAGAGGUUGUUAAGCUAAUCUAAAUUUAUUUGGACUUUUCAAACCAGCUAAAACAUGUCCUAGCUAAUUAAAAUACCUGCCUAAAAAUGUAAGCUGUUAGCAUUUGACAAAGCAGGAAAUUUUAAUGUUUCUUACAUAAUGAAACAUUCAAAAAAUUUUUUACCUUAAUUGUAUUAGCCUACACUUUAGCCAGAGGUGUUAGUUAGCUAUUAAGCUUUAAUGAUUGGUUUCACACAAUAAUCAGGUCUAUUUAACAUCCUCUAUCUUCCACAGGUGUAACACUAAGGUGUCUUCGACAUUUUAUCACCACACUCAAGUUGCUAGCUAUUGUGAUUUGAGCUAGCAUUAGCUAACCAAUUCUUCGAUUUUCACCAGACUAUAGCCAAUAGGCAAUAAAUGUUGCACUAUUUUGAUAAUAAUUUACUAGCUAACUAGCUUUAAUUACAUCUGAGGACCUGAUUCGCUGCUUGUUAGCAUUCACUGAGCACCAUUUACCUGCCUACUUUGUCGGAUCAUGUUAGCAUGUCAAAUUAUUGGAUACUAUUUUGUAUUUUAUUCAGCGGUAUUCAACAUUAACAACCAGUCAAGUCUGUUAAUUAGCUUAUUUUAAUCUAAGAACUAUAGUGUAAUUAAAACCAGUAGCCGAGUUCAAAGUUUGCUAGUAAGGUAGCAUCAAGGUAACAUAAAACCCAUAAUUAAAAGAAAAAAAAUGAUAGCAAAUGUUAGCAAAUGCCAUGUGACUUUCUAUAGUGCUAGCAUAAGAUUACCUAUUAAUUAUUAAAUCUGUAACUUAAAACAGUUACCAGUUUUGCUGGCUAAGGCUAGGGAAAGGCUAGUUUAAUGGAAAGUAUUAAUACUAGCUGGUUAAUCAGUCUUACUAUAUUAUUAAUUAUCCCAGAAUCAUUUAAUUAAACUAAAAGCUGCAUUUUAUAAGCAAGCUAGCACUGGGUUAACUUUAUUUUCAAGAAUAUAAGCCAUUUGCAAAGCUUGGUAGAAAGCUAGCAUAACUAUAAAUUGUACCAGUAUUUUGGUAGAA